CUCGGGGCCAGCAAUUGGUUAGUCAGACCUUAGUCAUCACUGCGCCAGGAGCGUUGCACUCACCGGGAACAUCUCUCGCAGCUACUGCUCUGUACUAUGUUAUAUCUACUCCGUAUAUAUUCUUUGAUGUUGAUAGCUCCAAUCACUUAAUGCUCCGGGCCCGGUUAUUGCGAUUGUCGAUAUCCUGAGGCUAGGAUCAGUAAUUAGAGAUGAUGCCAUGCGGCUCUACAACUAACUGCCAACAACAAUAAGCUUCCAGCCCGGCAAAUGCGUAAGAUUUUUAUCCUGGCCAGGAGUCACAGUGUAAAACAGGAUACUGGUAAAUAACUGGACAGCAUACCCUUGAUCUCGUCCCUGUAUCUCCAAUAAAUGCGCCCUUUCUUUGGGUAACGCCGGAGAUGGACAUUUUGUGGCCGAAUCUUGGCAUCGUCACAAUUCCGAAACCGCUGUGGCCGUGCAGCUUAUCCAACAAACGCCAAUCCUGUACAACUCAAUAAGCAACGAAAGGUCUGUUGCAGAAUACGCCCAUUCAUCACGAAUUUAGAGCUUCUCAACGGAAGGGCGUAGAGUGUAGGGCGGCGAAGGGCGGACGGGUUAUGUGGGCUGUGGCUUGGUUGAGCAAUUGAGAUACGAGACCGAUUUACCCCGCCUAAUAUACAUUCAGGACGAGAAGCAGGAAUAGAGCAGAAGAAAAGGCUCGCGAUACUACAUUUACCCCUUUUCUAUCCAGGAGAUUAAAUUGCGAACUAUCACAAUGGUAAAAAUUACACCAUUCGUCCUUGAGGAUUACCUCAACGUCAACGGCCCCAAGGCUAAACACAACAUCACUAGCUCUUGCGCCCUCCCCAUCCCCUUCAGAGAGCUCAAACUACUCUCCGACAAUCCAUCCGCCUCCACCAACGACGAAAAUGGUAUCAUAUCCGCAGACCUCCUUUCCAGAAACAUGGACUAUGGCCCACCAUGUGGCACAGAGAAGCUCCGCAACCGCCUAGCCGGUCUAUACUCGGUCAAGCUCUCAACCACGCUCUCGGCAGAGAAUGUACUCAUAACACCAGGCGCAUCGCUGGCGAAUUUCCUGAUAUUCUACGGCCUGUGCAGUCGUGGUGAUCAUGUUAUAUGCCACUAUCCUACGUAUCAGCAGCUGUAUACGCAGCCCGCUGCGUUGGGGGCGGAGGUUAGCUUGUGGAGGACGAAAGGGGAGGAUAACUGGCGGCUAGAUAUUGACGCGUUGAAGGGCAUGAUUGAGGAAAAUACCAAGUUUAUUGUGAUUAACAAUCCCCAAAAUCCCACCGGCGCCAUAAUCCCACGCUCAACGCUCGAAUCCAUCAUCGAAGUCGCGCGCGAACAUUCUAUAACCGUCAUCAGCGACGAAGUCUACAGACCCCUCUUCCACUCCAUCACACCUGCCGACCCGGAGUUCCCACCAUCAAUGAUGUCCCUAGGCUACGAGAACGUGAUCGUCUCCGGAUCAAUGUCAAAAGCCUACUCCCUCUCCGGCGUCCGGGUCGGCUGGCUCGCUUCGCCCAACGUUGACUUGGUGCGGGCAUGCGAGUCCUGGCGCCCUUACACGAUGAUCUCAGUAAGCCAGCUGGACCAGGAAAUCGCCCACUACGCGUUGGACGAGGGGUGUUUGCAUAACCUGCUCAAGCGCAAUAAUGGGCUCGCGCGGCAUAAUCUAGGGUUGUUAGAGGGGUUUAUUGAGCAGCAUCGGUGGGCGUGUGAGUGGGUGAAGCCUGUGGGUGGGACUGUGGCUUUUGUGAGGUUUUCAAAGAUGGGGAAGCCAGUGGAUGAUGUGGAGUUUUGUGAGAAGUUGCUGGAGAAGGAAGGGGUGUUGGUUGUGCCGGGGAGUGUAUGUUUUGGGAAUGGGGUUGGGGAUGGGGAUGGGGAUGUGAAGGAUUAUAGGGGUUAUGUGAGGAUUGGGUUUGUUAUGGAGACACAGGCGUUGGAACGGGCGCUUGAAGGCUUGAAGGGGUUUUUGCAGGAUGGGUUCGAGAAUGUGUCUGUUAGCAAGUAAGGACAUAUAGUGUGGAAUUGUUAUGAGAGUGGUUAGUUAUCUGGUAGAUUCGAUAAACGAUCGUAUGCCUCUCGCCAUAGACGCCUUCAUUCAUUGAAUAAUGUAUUAUUUAUUGUAGUCCCUGAGCAAAUACCAUCACAUUCGAGAAUUUCCCCGCCACAAGGAACUUGGAAGGUCGACAUGCUGCGAGCCCAGGUCCGGCUUUCCGAGCCGCUUAAGGCCCGCAUUGUUGCUCUGUGAUGCCUCGGUGCGGGGGAUGCUGCGAUAAGCUCGACUCGGUAUUUCUUCUAAAAAGGCUAGUUAUUUAGUUAAACUAAUUGUUGUUAGUUUGAGCACAACGGAACAACAAAUCCCUAUAAAAC